CUAGCUCUCCAAUGUCAAAAAAGAAUAGCGAUCGAGAAAAUAAAAGUGAUAAUCACAAUGACUCCGACUCGAAGUCUUCGAAGAGACCUAAGCCACGUCGGAACGUGAUCUGGGACAAUACGAGGGAGUUCUUGAGCAACACCACGCUUCAUGGGUUCCGGUAUCUUCUGGAUGCUAAAUCUAGUUGGUUUGAAAGAUUAUGGUGGCUGUGCAUGGUGAUCGCGAGCAUCGUGGUGUGCGUGAUCUUAAUAAGGAAAGUGUGGAUCAAGUGGGACGAAACUCCGGUCAUCGUCAUUUUCGCAGACACUAGCAACUCCGUGUGGAAGAUCCCGUUUCCAGCUGUGACGGUAUGCAGUGAGACCAAGCCCCGGCAAAGAGUUUUUAACUUUACCAAGGCUUACCAUGAACGGAGGAGUACUCCCUCCACCAUCAGCGCGGAGGAUUUAAAAAUUUACCACGACAUGCUGUUGUUGUGCAACAAUCCGGAAAGUGAUGGUCCAGAAUUUGCUAAUGAAAGCUCCAUUGAAACUCUGCAAAAGCUAGCUCCGACCCGUGACGACUUAUUUCUAAAGUGCCUAUGGAAGAACCUGAGCUGUGGAGACAUGUUCUAUCACACACUCACCAAGGACGGCUACUGUUUUACCUUCAACAUGCUUUCUGCCGAGAACAUGUUCAGGACUGAAAAUUUACACAAGGAUUACUAUCACGUCGCUAUUCAGAAUGAUAGCGAAUGGAAUUUAGACAAAGGCUACCCCCCAAAUACGAAUGUCAAUACCUACCCAUUGCGAGGGCCUAGCUACGGUGGAGUCGAAUUCGAAGUUGUUUUAACAACCGACACUCGAGAUAUGGAUCUAGUCUGUCGCGGCCCUGUCCAAGGCUUUAAGGUCUGGCUUCAUAACCCCGCUGAAUUGCCAAACAUGGGUCAGAACUUCUUCAGAUUGCCAAUCCAGUACCAAUCGGCUGCCUCCAUUACUCCCAAAAUGAUGGAUACUUCGGAAGGGCUGAAGGGUUAUUCACCUAGGAAACGACGGUGUUAUUUUCCCGAGGAUCGCUACCUCCGAUUUUUCCGUAUUUACACACAAAGGAACUGCGAGCUGGAGUGUUCUUCUAAUUUCACUGCCAACAUUUGUGGUUGUGUACCCCUUUACAUGCCACAUGGUCAGGAAACAAAAGUAUGCGGAGGAGGGAAACAGAAAUGUAUUCAAGAUGCUCUUGAGGAACUAUCGUUAAGAAAGUCCGUGCUGAUGAUGAAAACUGAUUCACUCUCCGAUGUGGAGGCAUGUGAUUGCCUGCAAGCGUGCACGGAACUGAAAUAUGACGCGGAGGUAUCCCAGGCCGUCUACAAUCUGUCCAACUACAUGGACAAUGCUGAUUCGGAUAUAGCCAAUGGAUGGCGCAUACCUUCAGGCCUGGUGAUAUACUUCGCCGAAGACCUAUUCACGACGCUGCGCCGCUCUGAGCUGUAUGGAGGCGUCGACUUCGUCGCAAAUUGCGGAGGCAUCAUGGGGCUGUUUAUGGGCUUCUCCUUUCUCAGUCUCGUUGAGAUCGUCUACUACUUCACUAUUAGGUUAUGGCGCCGGGUGAAAGAGUCUUCAGCUACAGUAGCAGCCCAGUAAAAUUUAUACGAGUUGAGCGCA